AUGUUUUGGCUGCAGAAAAUUCGAGAAAAGCCCCGAAAGUGUACAAAAUUGCCUUUGAGUGUCAGUGAUUUGAUUGAGGCUGAGAAACAUUGGUUCCGUGAGAUCCAACAAGCCAAAUAUUGUGACGAAAUUGAGGCGCUGAAAGACCCGAAACACCCGGCAACAAAACUUUUGAUUAUGGAUGCCCACGUGAGGAAUCACCACCAGGGCAGAGAACAAGUCGUGAAUACAUUGAGAGAGAAGUACUGGAUACCGAAGAUUCGUGUGGCAGUGAAAAGUUCUUGGAACAAUUGCCAACAUUGUAAGAAUCUCCGUGCCAAACCAAGGGUCCCUGAGAUGUCAGCUUUGCCCAAAGCUCGUGUGGGAAAUACAGCAUAUCCCUUCGAGCGAACAGGAAUUGAUUAUUUUGGACCAUUGAUGGUGAAAGUAGGAAGACGACACGAGAAGCGUUGGGGCGUCCUAUUCACUUGUAUGGCGACAAGAGCUGUACACUUGGAGGUAGCUCAUUCGCUGACUACUGAUGCGACUAUCAUGGCAAUCCGACGAUUGGAGAGCACACAUGGACCCAUUAAGGAGAUGUUUUGUGACAAUGGAACAAAUCUGACCGGAGCUGACAAUGAAUUCCGGCAGUUAUAUGAAGCUCUCGAUGAAUCUCAUAAGCUGACGGAUGCUUGCUCUACAAGGAAGAUUAAAUUCAGCUUCAACCCACCCUCAUCACCGCACAUGGGAGGAUCAUGGGAACGUUUGGUGAGGUCAGUAAAAGUGGUUUUGAAGGAAUUGUUGCGAAAUCACGUUCCUACAGAUGAGGAACUUUUGACGAUGUUUGCUGAAGUGAAGUAUACGUUGAACAGCCGACCUUUGACGUACGUUUCGGUUGAUCCAAAAGACAACACUGCAUUGACUCCAAAUCAAAUUUUGAUCCCCAAUACUGGAGAUUCUGAUGACAACCGACCCAUCGGCACAUUCGAGGACCGCGAUCUCAUAAUGCGGAAGGCUUGGAGACGUGCGCAGUAUCUCGCUGAUUUGUUUUGGCGCCGUUGGAUCCGUGAAUACCUACCGGAGUUGGCACGGCGAACAAAAUGGUAUGAUCCCUGCCCCCCGAUUGGAAUUGGAGACAUCGUGGUGGUGUGUGAUCCGCAAUUGCCCCGCAACAAGUGGCCCAUGGGCCGCAUUACUGAUGUUUUUCCCGGACCGGACAAGAAGAUUCGUUCGGCCAAUGUACAGACGAAGGAAGGAGUUUAUCAUCGCCCUGUAGCGAUACUGGCUCGAUUGGAUGUUCAAAAGGAGAUUGAUAAUUAGAAAUAAGAAAUGAUGAUUGUUAGUUCUUAAAAAAGGUGUGGGUGCAGGUGCACCAGAAGGGGGAAAUGUUGAGGAUUGAAUAGCCCCUUAUAGUUUCUUUGGGGAAAUUGAUAGGUUUAGUUUAUGGUUAAUCGCAGUAGGCGUAUUCUUGUAGAGAAAAAUAAGUGAAGUCAAAGAGACGCUAAGAUAAAUUUGUGAAAAUCAUAAAGAAAAAGAAUUUGUCGGCGCCAAAGGAUGGCAAAAAUAUUGAGUGAUUAAAAUAGCCGAUUGAAGAAAGGUAAAAAUGGUAGAUAAUAUAUAUAUUAUAAUGAAAAUGUAGCUAAUUAAUACUAAAUUUGAAUAGGAUUUUGAUAAAGGCAAACGAUGGGCGUGAAGGGACAAAUAGCGGCUAGCUAUUAAAAUAGGUAAAAUCAUUUGUAGCACAUUUAGAAAUAAUUUAAUUAGAACAAUUUAUUGCAGAAUCCCUCACAUUCAUACAUACUUUCGCCAUUAUUCAUUCAUUUGCCUUAUUUGCCAUCCUCGCCACCCACCCACACCGUAGAUCAUAAUUUGGAAAAUAAAAUAUAUAAAUACAGUCCA